UCUGGCCACCAUGCCACCUCCUCUCCUCUUCCUCCUCUUCCUUACCCCUAUGGGAGUCAGGCCUGAGGAUCCACGCCUAGUGGAGGCUAAAGAGGGAGGCAAUGCUGUGCUGCCAUGCCUUGAAGGUUCCUCGGAUGGUCCCCCCGAACACCUGGCCUGGUUUCGGGGCUCCCAAUUAAAACCCUUCUUAGAGCUGAGCCUGGGGUUACCAGGCCUGGGCAUCCAUGUGGGGCCUCUGGGCACCCUGAAGGAGCCCCAGGGAACCCUGCUGUUUCUCUUCAAUGUCUCCAAACAUAUGGGGGGCUUCUACCUGUGCCAGCCAGGCCCGCCUUCUGAGCAGGGCUGGCAGCCCGGCUGGACGGUCAGCGUAAAGGGCAGCGGUGAGGUCCGGGCUGGGGCAGGGAGGGCUGGGUGAGAAGAGGGAGGCCCACCAGAGAUGGAGGAGGUCCAGCGGCUGAAAUGAAUCCAGAGGGAGGGGCCGGAGGGGCCGCGGGACAAGCUGGAAGCUAGUUUUAGGUGGCUUCUAAAAACCCCUGUGGCUUUAUGACGUCAGCGCCAUGGCUCUAUGUCUUUCACUCUUUUCUCUGAGUUGCUGUCUCUCUGUCUCUCUCUGGGUCUUUGCCUCUGCCUUUCUGGGUCUCUGUAUCUCUCUUCCUCUCCUGGAGGUCUCUGUAUUCUGGUUCUGGGUAUCUUCCCAGGGAAACUGUUCCGGUGGAAUGCUUCAGACCUCAAUGACCUAGGCUGUGACUCAGGGAACAGAACCUCAACGGGCCCCAGGCCCUCUUCUGGUCACCUCACAAAGUCCCAGCUGCAUGUGUGGGGCUGGGACCACUUUAAGGAGAUCUCACACCCAGAAGCGGCCUGUGCUCCAUCUAAUAGCACAUUGAACCAGAGCAACAACCGUGACCUCACUGUGGCCCCGGGCUCCACGCUCUUGCUGUCCUGUGGGGCCUCCCGUACCUCCCUCGUCAGAGGCUCUGUCUCCUGGAUCCACAAGUAUCCCAUGAAGCCUGAUGUCAAAUUGCUGAGCCUAAACCUGAGCGAAAAUGCCCAGCACAGAGAGAUGUGGGUCAUGGGCACCCUUGGGGGAAAGGUGGUUCUGUUACUGCCCGAGGCUACGGCUCAAGAUGCUGACACCUAUCGUUGUAACCAUGGCAACAAGACCACCCAGAUGCAGCUGAAGGUCACCGCCCAGUCAGUAUGGCAUUGGCUGCUGGAGACUGGUGUCUGGAAAGUCCCUGUUGUGACUUUAAUUUAUCUGAUCUUCUGCCUGACUUCCCUGGUGGGUUUUCUUUAUCUUCGAAGAGGUGAGUCAUGUUCGUCUUCCCAAGCCUUACCCCUCCUUCCUCAGGACAGCCCACUCUGGCCAGUCUGACAACCAUUUUCCCUCCCACACCUCCCCAACAGACCUCUGAAUCCCGCCCUCCCUCCUUUUCUACCCUCCCCAAACGACCCGAGCUCUUUGGAAUUUGAACUCCCAUCUCCUCCAAGUUAUCUUCCCAGCAUCUCCCAAAUCUUCAUUCUAGAGUCUCUCCUCUGAUUAUUCCCCUUAACUCCCACCAGCCCUGAUCCUGAGGAGGAAAAGAAAGCGAAUGACAGAUCCCACUAGAAGGUAAUGAUUCCAGUGCCCUCCACGCUCUCACUCCUACACUUUGACUUUACACUUUGCACUCAGUUUCCUCUGCUCAUGGUGUCUUUUUUCCAUCUCUAUGGUUGAAAUGCUGCCCAGCCUUCAAAGACCAGCACCAAAGCCAUCUCCUCUGUGAAGUCCUCCUUGGAUGAUCACAGAUCCCUCUGUAGGC